GGAGAGCGGUAGUGGGCGGCCUCCCAGAGCCGCGCCACCAGAGCCCAGAGGAGCGUAGCCACUCUCUCCUAACUUGCUGUAGGCUCCCUAGUUCUCCCUGUGGCUGUUGACCCCGCUUCCAUGUACCGGGUGGGCACAGCACCCCGGAAACUCCACGCCCAUGGCUACUAGCCUGAGGAAGCCAGCCUUCAACUCCUGCCCUUCUUCCUCGACCGAAACUGAUGACGAGGGCGUGCGCGGCACCUGCGAAGAUGCAUCUAUUUGUAAAAGGUUUGCAGUAAGCAUUGGCUACUGGGAUGACCCUUACAUCCAGCAUCUUGUAAGACUGUCUAAAGAGAGGAAGGCCCCUGAAAUUAACAGAGGCUAUUUUGCUCGAGUUCAUGGCAUCAGUCAGCUUACAAAGGCAUUUCUGCGGAAGACAGAGUGUCAUUGUCAAAUUAUAAACCUUGGGGCUGGGAUGGAUACCACCUUCUGGAUAUUAAAGGAUCAAGAUCUUCUCCCAAGUAAAUAUUUUGAAGUUGAUUUCCCAGUGAUAGUCACAAGAAAGCUGCACAGCAUCAAAUUCAAGCCUCUUCUAUCAAAACCUAUUUUAGAAUCACAUUCAGAGGACACAUUUCAAAUCGAUGGACACAUGUUGGAUUCAAAGAGAUAUGCCAUUAUUGGAGCAGAUCUUCGAGAUUUAUCUGACCUGGAAGAGAAACUAAAGAAAUGUAACAUGAAUACACACCAGAGUCCCAACCUGAUGAAAAACACGUAUGUGACUCAUUUUCAUCUCUCAAGAUUGCCAACACUCCUGAUAACGGAAUGUGUGCUGGUCUACAUGACUCCGGAGCAGUCUGCAAACCUAAUCAAGUGGGCAGCCAACAGUUUUGGGACCGCCAUGUUCAUAAACUACGAACAGGUGAACAUGGAUGACCGGUUUGGGCAGAUCAUGAUCGAACACCUGCGGAGACGACAGUGUGACCUGGCAGGGGUGGAAACCUGCAAGUCCUUAGAGUCGCAGAAAGAACGGCUCCUGUCAAACGGGUGGGAAACAGCAUCAGCCGUGAACAUGAUGGAAUUGUACAGCAGAUUACCUCGGACUGAAGUCAGCAGAAUUGAGGCCCUGGAAUUCCUGGACGAGAUGGAGCUUCUGGAGCAGCUCAUGAAGCAUUACUGCCUGUGCUGGGCGACCAGAGGGGGAAGUGAGCUAGGUUUGGAGGAGAUCACUUACUAACCUUUUCCAGGUUGAUGCUGAGCCAGAAGCUGCAGCCACUGACCUUCCUGAAGUUGAUAUGCAAGUCUCCUGAGUGAUGGCCAGGCCUCAUCGACCAGUCUAUUCCACAGUUGAGAAACCAGUUACUAGGGCUGUAAUACCACUUCCUGUUCUGUUGACUCAUUGUUUAAAUAAAUCUCAGUUGCCAGUCA